GUUGGCCGCAGCACAGGAGGCGGCGGCUCAGGCGGUGCAGCAGCAGGCGGGGGCGGGCGCAGCUGAUAGAAUGGGGGGCGCUAGGGAAGCGAGCGGGCAGGGGCCCAGCUCGCUCUUCCUGUUCUCCAAAGACAACUUCAUCCGUAGAACCACGCGCAUCAUCAUCCAGUGGCCUCCGUUUGAGUAUGCCGUGCUUUUGACAAUCAUAGCAAACUGUGUGGUGCUGGCGCUGGAAGAGCACCUGCCCAAUCAUGAUAAGACUAUGCUAGCACAACAAUUAGAGAAAACAGAGGCAUACUUUCUAGGAAUAUUCUGUGUUGAAGCUUCGUUGAAGAUACUAGCGUUAGGUUUUGUUUUACAUAGAGGAUCAUACCUUAGGAACAUUUGGAACAUUAUGGAUUUCUUUGUCGUGCUAACAGGGUUUCUAACGAUGUUCCCUCAGGAAAUCGUAGCUGUGGACCUGCGCACGUUACGCGCUAUUCGAGUGCUAAGACCUCUCAAGCUAGUCUCUGGCAUCCCUAGUCUGCAGGUGGUAUUGAAGUCCAUCAUCAAAGCCAUGGCUCCCCUUCUGCAAAUCGGACUGUUGGUGUUAUUCGCCAUCGUCAUUUUUGCCAUCAUUGGCUUGGAAUUCUACUCGGGAGCUCUGCACAGAACAUGCUACAGCCUCCACGAUAUAGAUGUCAUCGUCAAGGAAGGUGAUUUGGCGGCGCCUUGUAAUACCGACAACCAGUCGCAGGCAGAGCUCCAGGGGAGCAAUUGGUGCAGAGAUGGUAAUUCCGUGUGCCUUGAACGAUGGCAGGGUCCCAACAAUGGGAUCACGUCGUUCGACAACAUAGGUUUCGCCAUGCUGACGGUGUUCCAAUGUAUCACUAUGGAAGGCUGGACUUCCAUUCUAUACUGGAUGAACGAUGCCGUCGGCAGUUACUUCAAUUGGAUGUACUUUGUGCCACUGAUUGUCCUGGGGUCGUUCUUCAUGCUCAAUCUAGUUCUCGGUGUCCUCAGCGGUGAGUUUGCCAAAGAAAGGGAGAAAGUAGAGAAUAGGCAGGAGUUUUUAAAGUUGCGAAGGGCGGCACAAUUAGAAAGAGAGUUGAACGGUUACGUUCAGUGGAUCUGCAAAGCCGAAGAAGUAAUUUUGGCGGAGGAGAGAACAACGGAAGAAGAAAAGAUGCACAUCAUGGAGGCGAGACGCAGAGCCGCAAAGAAAAAGAAACUGAAAAAGAUGGGAAAAAGCAAAAGCACUGACACCGAAGAGGAAGAACAAGAGGAAGACCUCGGCGAUGAUGUAUUUCUUACAGAGUCUAAGAAAAAACUAAAAGGUUUCGGAAGGGCCGGUUAUAUGAAGACAAGGGCGCAGGGACCAGGUGGUUGCGCCACCUUCUGGAGGGCCGAGAAGAGGUUUCGUUUUGCCAUUAGACACGCGGUGAAGACGCAAUGUUUUUAUUGGUCCGUCAUCGUUCUGGUUUUCUUCAACACCGUUUGCGUAGCCGUAGAAUACCACGGGCAACCCGAGUGGCUGACGGACUUUUUAUAUUAUGCGGAGUAUGCGUUCUUGGGAUUGUUCAUGUUGGAGAUGUUCGUGAAGAUGUAUGCUUUGGGGCCACGGAUAUACUUCGAGUCGGCGUUCAAUCGGUUCGACUGCGUGGUAAUAUCCGGAUCAAUAUUCGAAGUGAUUUGGUCGGAGGUAAAGGGAGGUUCCUUCGGUCUCUCUGUGCUAAGAGCGUUGAGACUGCUGAGGAUCUUCAAGGUGACCAAAUACUGGUCGUCGCUGAGAAACUUGGUCAUCUCGCUGUUGAACUCGAUGCGCUCGAUCAUCUCUCUGCUGUUCUUGCUCUUCUUGUUCAUCCUGAUCUUUGCCCUUCUGGGCAUGCAGCUCUUCGGUGGCCAAUUCAACUUCGAAGGUGGAACGCCUCCAACCAAUUUCAACACGUUUCCCAUCGCUCUGCUCACCGUCUUUCAGAUCCUCACCGGUGAAGAUUGGAAUGAAGUAAUGUAUUACGGGAUCGAAGCGCUGGGCGGUCAUAAAACAGGGAUGGUUUACUCCUUGUAUUUCAUCAUCCUUAUGUUGUUCGGUAAUUACACUUUGCUCAAUGUGUUCUUGGCUAUCGCCGUCGAUAAUUUAGCCAACGCCCAGGAACUGACAGCCGCUGAGGAAGAGCAGGCUGAGGAGAACAAAGAGAAACAGGCUCUAGAGCUUGAAAAGGAAAUGGAGGCUCUGCAGAUGGAAGGAAAUCCGAGGCUGGAGGUGACGCCCUCCAGUCCGAUGCGAGGCAGGAAAAAGAAAGACGAUAAGCCGCCCGACGAAGAAGAAAUAGUUGGACCUAAACCUAUGCUGCCAUACUCUAGCAUGUUUAUACUAUCACCUACUAAUCCUGUUAGAAAGGGGGCACAUUGGGUAGUAAAUUUAAGGUAUUUCGAUUUUUUUAUCAUGAUAGUUAUUUGCCUGAGUUCGAUAGCGUUAGCGUGCGAGAACCCCGUGGAGGAGGCCUCGUGGAUGAACAAGUUUUUAAAUAAUUUUGAUUACGCUUUCACCGGCGUCUUCGCCAUCGAAAUGUUCCUCAAGAUCGUCGACUUGGGGAUCAUUUUGCAUCCCGGGUCGUACCUGAGGGAGUUCUGGAACCUCAUGGAUGCAGUCGUAGUCAUCUGUGCCCUGGUCUCCAUUGGAUACGAUCUAACGGGUGCGGAGGGUGUCAACAACCUGUCGACGAUAAAAUCGCUGCGUGUGUUGCGCGUACUGAGACCUUUAAAAACAAUAAAACGUGUGCCGAAAUUAAAGGCGGUGUUUGACUGUCUAGUGAACUCAUUAAAAAAUGUGAUAAACAUUCUCAUAGUGUACAUAUUAUUCCAGUUUAUAUUUGCUGUGAUCGCCGUUCAGUUAUUCAACGGAAAAUUUUUUCACUGCACUGAUGCUAGUAAAUUUACGGAAUCUACCUGUCAGGGACAGUAUUUUGUAUAUGAAGAAGAUAGCGAUGUGCCUCGCAUCGAGAACAGAGAAUGGAAACUUCAGAGUUUUCAUUACGACGAUGUUGCGAUGGCUAUGCUCACCUUGUUCGCGGUCCAAACCGGGGAAGGAUGGCCUCAAGUCCUGCAGAAUUCUAUGGCAGCAACGUACGAGGAUCAAGGCCCCAUACAAAACUUUCGCAUAGAAAUGUCCAUUUUCUACAUCGUCUACUUCGUAGUGUUUCCAUUCUUCUUUGUAAAUAUCUUCGUUGCCUUGAUCAUUAUUACGUUUCAAGAGCAGGGCGAGGCCGAGCUUCAAAGCGGAGAGAUAGAUAAGAAUCAGAAAUCCUGUAUAGAUUUUACAAUUCAAGCACGUCCAUUAGAAAGAUACAUGCCGAACAAGAGGAAUAGCUUCAAAUAUAAGAUUUGGAGGGUCGUGGUCUCGACGCCCUUCGAAUAUUUCAUCAUGAUGCUAAUUGUUUUUAACACGCUCCUCCUCAUGAUGAAGUACCACGAUUCUCCACCCCUGCUCUCCGACACCUUGGCGGCAAUGAAUAUUCUGUUUACUUUCCUCUUCCUUUGCGAAACUGUUCUGAAGCUCAUCGCCUUCGGGAUCAAGAAUUUCUUCAAAGAUCCUUGGAACACCUUCGAUUUUAUUACGGUGAUCGGGAGCAUAGUGGACGCGAUGGUUGUCGAAUUUGGCGAACGAGCUGCGAAAGUGUCCAAAGAAAGGGAAAAUUUCAUCAACGUCGGUUUCUUACGGUUGUUCCGCGCCGCCCGUCUUAUUAAGCUGCUUAGGCAAGGCUACACCAUCCGCAUCCUCCUGUGGACGUUCGUCCAAAGUUUCAAGGCUCUUCCAUACGUUUGUCUUCUGAUCGCAAUGCUAUUUUUCAUCUAUGCCAUCAUCGGCAUGCAAGUAUUUGGAAACAUCGCCGAAAACCCGUUGGAAUCCAUCAACAGACACAACAACUUCCGGAACUUCAUCCAAGGUCUGAUGUUGCUAUUUCGGUGCGCGACGGGCGAGUCCUGGCCGAGCAUAAUGUUGUCGUGCAUAAAGGGCCAACCUUGUGACGAGAAGUCCGAAAAAGAUCCGAACAGCUGCGGAUCGAAUCUGGCGUACGGAUACUUCGUCUCCUUCAUAUUCUUCUGCUCAUUUCUCAUGUUGAACUUGUUCGUUGCCGUCAUUAUGGACAACUUUGACUAUUUAACACGUGACUCGUCCAUCUUGGGCGCCCAUCAUUUGGACGAGUUUGUUAGGAUAUGGGCGGAAUACGACCCGAACGCGACGGGGAAGAUACUGUAUCAGGAGAUGUACGAUAUGCUGAAGAACAUGGAUCCACCACUGGGUUUCGGUAAUAAGUGUCCAAAUAGAUUGGCGUACAAAAAGCUGAUCAGGAUGAACAUGCCUAUGGACGCGGAUGGUAAAGUGAACUUCACAACAACGCUUUUCGCGUUGAUCAGAGAGAACUUGGCUAUCAAAAUGAGACCAGCCGACGAAAUGGACCAAGCGGAUGAUGAACUGAGGGAGACGAUUAAGAUCAUUUGGCCGCUUCAGGCUAAGAACAUGGUAAAUCUACUGGUACCUGCGACCGACGAACUGAACAAUGGGAAGAUGUCGGUGGGAAAAAUAUAUGCGGGUCUUUUGAUCCUGGAGAGUUGGAGGACGACGCGUUUCGGGCAGACCGAGGCGCCCGGCGGGAACCAAGGUUUUGGAAAUAGCCCCUCAGCCAAUCACGCGAAGGCGACGUUUUUUGACUGCCUCUUGGACAUGGCCGGACAUUUGGGCAGUCGCACUGGCUCGAUAAGCCUGGAGGGUGCUCCCCUUAUGGCAGGACACGAGCACUCCGAUAAUCACCAUCACCAUCCAGAGGAAAAGUCUUUAGUCUCCUUAGCCAGGAGAAACACCAAAAGAAGAUCGCUCAGGAAUAAAAAGGCUAUGGAACUUCAAGACGUUUUAGGCUCUAGGCGUCCUUCUGUUGAUAGCAUGGGGGAAACCCACUUGCAUCCAGCUGGUUAUCCAAAUACCGUCAGAAGAUCACCAAGUAUAAGGCAUUGUUAUUCUCCUACGUUACAAAGAAGUCCUUCGCCCAGGCGAAAAGCUCCUCAUCAUUUGCACCACGACAUUGGUUUCUCCGAUACCGUCUCGAACGUCGUGGAAAUCGUCAAGUAUGAGCAACACAAGGCUUCGCAGAAACAUCACCGGUCUGGAAGAGGAGAGUUUUUGGGAUCGUGGUCGGCGUCUACGAGUCCCGCUAGAUCACCAUCCCCGACAAACGGAGGCCGUCCAUCCCAUUAUGGAUCUAGGCUUAGCACUUUAAGACAGACGCGUCGCGGCGGAGCGUACGGUACCACGAGCUUGUGCCAGAGGUCGAGGUCACCGAGCCCCACGCACCCUGUGCCACAUCAGCACGGCCCUCCGACAAUCGCUUGUGCAGUUGUUGGAUUACCGAUGCAUCACUCUGCGGCGCACUUGGCCAGCGUCCAGCAUAGCCACCCCAUGUUGGGCAGCAGAAGAGGCCAAGGAAGGAGGUUACCCCCGACACCCUGCAAACCAUCCACGCUGCAAUUGCGACCAGGUCCAAUCAAUUUCCCCAAGCUCAACGCAUCACCCACCCACUUGAAUACGCAAAUGCAGUCGCAUUCGGCGCACGCGACUCCCCACAGCAGCGUGAACAUGUCCAGAGUGGAUCAGCAGAUGCAGCAGCAGCCGCAACUCCAGCAGCAGCAACAGCCUCCGCCUCUCCGGGACUCUCUGAGGGAUAUGGUUUCGACGUCGGCGCCCGCCUCGCAGCGUGACACCGGUCAGACGCCGCUCAGCUUCGAACAGGCGAUGGCCAUAGGUCGUGGAGGUCGAGUGCUUCCGAGCCCCGUUCCAAACGGUUACAAACCGAAGCCCACCAGAUCCCGGCACUCCGACUCCGAUGACGACGACUGGUGCUAACACUAGGGGUACCAUUACUCGACCCUCUGAACCGGGUUCCGAGUAAUCAUGCAAGAGACUGUACACACGUCGCAUAAGGCCUUCGAGGAAUUGAUUACACUGUGUUUUUUUCUUUGUGCUUGAUGUGAAAACUCUGAACAGUGCGGUGAUGUACUCUUAAACCAAAAAAGAAAAAUUACCUUCUAAGAAUUAAUUCAUUCAUUCAUCCAUUGAUUUAACGAGCGAGAAACACGGCGGACGACGGCGAAGACAAAGAAGAAACCAACAAACUAUUUAUAUAUAUAUAUAAUAAUAAUCGUUAUUUUGAUUUCGAGAGCCGCCACCAAGUAAUUUAGCGUAUACCCAAGACAUUUAAACAAAUUACUGCCAUUACCUAAAAAAUACAAAAAAAAAAUGAUAUAAUAAUAUAUUUAAUUGCCAUUAAGUUGUCUGAUGAAACUGUAUAUGUAUAUAUACAUUCGAUUAAAAGAAAAAAGGUAUAUAUACAUAUACUCAUUAAACCAAA